AUGAACUAUAAUGGUCAGGACCAGUGGUCCCCCGGACGGGCGCACACAUUGUCAGGCUGGUCCGACACCCCAAAUCAACGUCACACUGGCCAACAGGUCGACGAGGUGGAAGAUCUUAUAGAUGAGCUUGGCGCAACAAGCAUCGGACACCAACAAGUCUAUGACCAGAAUUCAGCAUAUCACACCCAUACUUACCAACUUCCGGCAUGUCAAAGUCUUCAGCAACAUCCAUACCCACACAUGGUUUAUAAUCCCCAAUCCUUUCCCAACCAACAAUACCUAGUCUCACCAUUUUCAAACCCAGCCCACCUGACACCCGGAUACUCAAACACGGCAUUGCACGAGCAACAUACUAGUCAUGGAGCUUUAGCCCAGACUCACGCCACAGGGCACUACACUCAUAGAGCUCAAGGGAGUUACAGUGGAGAUCAAACCCAGCAGCAUGCAGGGCCAGUUUAUCAGAAUCGCGCAUCAACUUUCAUCGACAAGGGAAAGCCUGUAUAUUUAGGAAUAAGAUCCAAGAACAGGAGUACUAGUGAUGGAGGCAGAGACAAAGGUAACGGGAGAAUCAAAGCGCACGGUAGGACUAACUCAUCGAGGUCCGAAAACACCCAAGGCGAUGUCGAAAGGGACGAUCCAUUUUACUUACUGGAAACGGAGCCACAAACUACCAUCGAUGGAAGUACUGAAACCAGAAGCCAUUCGAAUGAAGACAACGGCAAGAACCCUGAAGCAGCGGAUUAUGUUACGUCGCCUCCAUCAAGAACUGCUUUAAACAGCAAUGGCCGCGGCGUUGGCAAUGGUUUCAGUGCCGACGCCUUAUCUCCGAAUUAUUCAUCAGCUACGGCUUACGGGUAUGCGAACAGCCAGCAGUCUUGGCCACAAAUGAACCUCUCGUCUACGACUGUUCCGAGCCUCCCUUCCGGCGGAAUUGAUUACAGUCUGUUGACGAAUAGGUCGAUAUCUGGACAGCUUGACCCCCGCUACAAGGUCCACCCUUCUUCAAAAUUUAGCCCUGGAUCAGUAUUCAAGGUCCUGUGGUCAGAGCCCGCUGGUGUCAAUCUCAAUGAGCUUUCAGGCGAGAUAGAGAGGGAUAGUGUACAGGACCCCAGUCAGAUUUUCUACUCGUCCAUCCGGCGUUACAUUGUAGUCGGUAAUGACGAAGGCAACUGUACCUGUGUACCUAUCUUGACAUACCUCAAAAGAGGAUGCAGCAAAGCUGGCGUGAAGCCAAGGCAACACGGCAUCGUUUAUAAUGCUGGAAGCCAGCCCCAGCUUCUGGAAGGAGAACCCCAGCUGGGUUUCAACCCGAUACAGAUCGAAAUGGCGGACUCUCCCUCCGAGACUUUGACGAUUGAGUCCCGAGUAAACUACUCAAAGCUUAUGACGAUCGAGCACAACUACAAGGUCUUCUUUAUCGGCCGAGUCACCCCCGAGGACUUCCGGGAGAUAGUCAUACCGGCGGUCGACGCUUGUUGGAACGCAAAGAACCGAGGCACGACUAGCGAUCACCAAAGACAUAUAUCGAGAGGUUCGAUUGAAAGAUAG